ACCGUUGUAAAUGUGUAAACUUCCCUUGAACAGCUGUAUUCCCUCUGAGAGGCCAUGUAUCCUGUCGACCUUCCAGCUGUGGAGGACACUGAUCUGACAUCUGUAUCUGAACUCUACCUCUCCUCUCUGGAGUCAGGACCUCACAAUGAGGAGUGGUUUGAGUUAUCACACACUUCAAAGGUAGCGAUCACAGCAAACAAUGUGAGGCGGUUGCAGCUGUUUGAUGACGAUCAGUCCGACUGUACGCUGCUGGCGCUGCACCCUCCUAAUGAUCCAACACAAGUGCUGGCUCUCUACCUGCAGGACCAGUGGUGGAGUGUGGACGACGCGUUGAGGACAUGCUGCCAGGACAGAAACGGCUUGAUCUCGGUGCAGUCACUGAUGGAGCGAGUGAUCGUGUUCCUGCUCAGUCAGGUGCUGGAGAGGUCCCCUCAGGAGAAGACGUUGUUCUCCCUGCACCCCCGCACAGAGAGCUGCAAGCUGCUGUGGAGAGACAGCCAGGCGGUGGGCUUCUACACCAUCAAACACAAAGGCAGCCUGUGUGGCGGCUGGAGCGGCCUCUGCUACCUGCUGCCUGCUCUGGACACGCUGCUGGUGAGGAGGGGCUGGAGGAGGAGGGGCCUGGGGCUCCUCAUGCUGGAGGACUUCUGCUCCUCCUUCUCCACAGAGGAGAUCCUGGGAGUCAGCGCUCCGCUGUCCCCCAGCAUGGUGGCAGUGUGCAGGAGUUUUCUGCAGCAGCAUGAAGAACAUCUGGAGAGUCUGUACGAGGUGGAGGCUCCGGGGGGGUGGACCCAACGACGAAACAUCUGGCUCAGCAUCCAGCUGGGACGCUACACUUCUUGUAUCAAGGAGGAGAGUGGUCCGACAUCAGGAGACACUCAGAGGAAUAAUGACUCCUCUCUGAAGAGCAGUGAUUGCAGGCCGGACCUGACCCCAGAGAGCUGCUCUGAUGUGGACGCUCCACUGGUGACGGGCUCCUCUGCACAACAACUGGAGCUCUGUGCUCAGCGGCGAGCAGGACGCUCCCCCAGCAGCAGUGUCUCUGGAACAGGAUGUUGUCCUGCAGCCCACGCUGAAGAUCUGGACUCUGGACCUCCCUGCAGACCCCCACAGUCCCUCAACACAAAACAAGCCCUGAAACCUAAACCCUCUGUAUCUGCAGAGCCUGGAGAGGUAGAGGAAGAACGAAGGAAUGCCAAACGAAUUGGAAGGACAUGAGAAUACAGACACAGUAGAAAACUGUUUACAGUAUACAGAGGAGGCUGCUCUGUCCUCCUGUACGCAGGUGACCUUUACAACUUUAACUUUCUAGGCUGAGAUAUGGAUUCAUUGAAAGGACUGUUAUGGCAAUUAUGGAAUUAAAGCUUAAUACAGUGUAAUCCUAAUGAAAUGGGAACUGCUGCAUCCUGGAAAUGGCAUUUAAAUGUAUGUGUGAUAAAAAGAUGUGUUUGGACAAGGGGGUUUUAUGACACUACAGGAAGAGAGAAUGAGUGGAAGGAAUUUAUGAUAGGGGUUAUCUGUAUAUUCCAUUGUUCUUUGUAGGGUGUGAGUUUUCGCAUAAAGUACUCUGCCAUGGGGCAAACA